AUGAAAAUCCACGUGAAUUCCACGAAUAUUCGAUUUCAUUCGAUCUAUUUACUUAGGAAAACCACCCAGCCGUUACAAGGUGUGCAAAUCACGUGCGAUGCGAAAUUUUUCGAGCGGGUGGACCAUUCCUCCGCUACCUGGUUGGUUCCGGAAUGGUCUCAGUAUACCCGUGGUGGGCCUUCGAUGAAAUGGACGUCGCUCAGUUCUAGCGAGAAUAUCUACUGCACAGCAGCCGACGCUCGACGUGCUCAGCCGGAUGACCGCGGCGCGCUUUUCGUUGCUCACACCUUUCCUAUGCUUGACGUACGCGCUCUCUGUUCCCUGUACGUCCUGAGGCCUACCUCAAUCCGAGCGGCGUGA